AUGCCUUCUGUCGACCUCCAGUACCCCCGAACCGACUUCCCCGCCGACCUCGAAUGCCACCCGCUUCUCGUCGUCGACUUUGCCAAGAUUGCGGCCGGCGACGAGCAGGAGAUCGAUACUCUCUACAGCGCCUGCACCAACCUGGGCUUCUUCUACUUGAAGAACUUUGGCUUCGAGGAUGUCAUCGAGCCCAUGUUCGAGAUGGGCAAGGCGACCUUCUCGCUUCCCGAUGACGAACUCAUGCCGUUCGAGCAGGGCGACUCGGGUAUGAGCGCCGGCUACAAGAAGGCUGGCGCCAACAACGGCAACCUCGACACCGUGCAGUUCAUCAACGUCUCGAAGGAUGACGCGCUCGCUUAUCCGGAAGUCCAUCACCGCACCUACCCUCGCACGGUCAACGAGCGUAUCAAGACCGUCACGAGCUUCGUCCGGCAAUCCGACAACGUUCUGCAGAAGCUCAUGGAGGUCCUCGAAGUCCGCAUCGGUCUGCCGAAGGGAACGCUCGCCGCGCUGCACAAGGAGGGCGACAUCUCCGGUUCCGAAUCGCGCGUUAUCCUCAAGAGCGCACCGGGCGCGCGGGGCUACAUCCCGGAGGGCGUCGGAGAGGACGGCAACCCUGCUGCUGCGAUUGGAGCUCACACAGACUUCGUCUCGAUGCUCCACGGGCGCGGCUGCGGCGGACUCCAGGUUCUUCCUCCCGGAACGAGCGAGUGGCAGCACAUUCGCCCGCUUCCUGGUCACGCCGUCUGCAACGUUGGCGACACGCUUUCGGUCUUCUCGGGCAACAUCUUCAAGUCCAACAUCCACCGCGUUGUCCCUCCUCCCCCGCCUCAAGACAAGGAUGAACGCUGGUCGCUCGUCUACUUCAUCCGCCCCGCCUUCGCACACCCUCUCCGCCCUCUCUCCGACAAAUCCGACCAGAUCAAAUCGCACGCCGAGAACGACCCUGCGAUGCAGGCGCUUCCGAAGGACGCGACAGCCGGAGACUGGUACAAGAGGAGGAUCAAGUUGCAGAGGGUUGCAAACAGGAAGGGACCGGAGACUUGGGCCCAGUCGCGCGGGACGGAGCACACUCCGCUCGCUACUUGA